UUUUCUGUUUAGAGAUAAGACGCUUAAGAGCUUGGUGAUUGUUCAAUUUGGCACAUUGAUUCAAAAGUUUGUGAUGGACGCACGAAUGUUAUCUGUUGAGACGCGACCGGUAUUGAAUAACACUUUUUUUACGACAAUUUUACCUUUCUCAACUGAAAGUCACGUACUUGCGUGCAGCUAACGGUACAUGCACCAUUCGUAUAAAGAUUCCGGGUUGUCCACAGUCGAAAGCAUUCUUCGCAAAAUGCUGAUCCAAGCGGUUUUAGUUGCACUGCUCGCAAUAUCCAAAACCUACGCGAUCAGCGAUCACAAUGCCGUGUUCAAAAGUCCGCUGCACGCUCGAGCCGAGUGCGUCAAGUACCGGAUGGCGCAGAACACGACGUUGAUCGGAAGUCCGCUGCGCAGUGACGAGGAGUCGACGUGUGUCUGCCGGUGCGAGCUGAUCAAGCUGGGGCUGUGGGAUAGCUGUCGGGGGCAUCAACUGGAGGUUCCUUCGGAUCAGUAUUACGACCCGGAUGAGGAUGAUCGAUCCUACCGGGAGCGGCUGAGACAGUGUCUUAAGGAGCGGUUGACAUCGGAGAAAAAUCAGUGUAGCAAGUCGUUUGUGUACUACAAGUGUUACAACGAUCAGUAUGGGACGGUUUUCUUGAAUCGGCUUGGUUACGUUCCAAGUGGACAGUUGAAGCACGAGCAAAUAGUGAGGAAUUGUGCACGGAUUUUACAGCUUUCGAAGGGUGAUCUCAAGACGAUCGCUGAAAAUCCGCUUCAAGCCGAUAAAAGUGGGAAGUGUUUAUUCCGAUGCUUCUUGAUCCGUGAAGGUCUGUACAGUGAUCAUGGGGGAUUUAACGAAGAACGUGUAUUUGCUCAAUUUGCCAAGAAAAAUAAUCGAGAAUUAUUCUUGAGAAGACUUCAACAAUGCUACGAUCGUCUCCGGAGUGAAUGUUGGGAUCGUUGUACGCUAGCUACCAGACUGGUACAAGAUUGUUUGGACUAAAACGCGACUGCUUUGGAUA